UUUUUUUUGAACAAUAUAACUGCCCAAUUAAACAAUCAAUCUGCGCUGCAAAACUAGAAGAAAAGGAAAGAAAAAAAGCUUGACAGUCGGAGUUCAUCCAUGGCGGGUUCCGAUCCAAACAAGUUGCUCGCCAAAGCCGAUAAACUAACAAGACUCAGUCUUACAAGGUGGAGUGCUGAUUGGAAUAGCGCUACUCUUUUGUAUGAACAAGCUGCUAAUGGGUUUAGGAUUGCCAAGGAUUAUGAGAAAGCUAAGGAAGCGUUGGAAAAAGCUUCGAAGGGACAAGAAUUGAUCUCUUCACCCUGGGAUGCUGCAAAGCAUAUGGAGUCUGCUGCUGCUCUAGCAAAGGAGUUAGGGAAGUGGAAUGAAGUUGCUGACUUUUAUAAAAGGGCGUCUGAAUUGUACUCUGAGUGUGGGAGAUCACAACCUGCAUCAGAUGCUCUUGCAAAAGGGGCACGUGCUAUUGAAGAUUCUAUGCCUGAUGAAGCUAUUCAACUUUACACUGAUGCUUGUGCUAUUCUUGAAGAGGAUGGCAAGGAGCAAAUGGCCUUUGAUCUAUAUCGUGAUGCCACUAGUGUUUACAUAAAAAGUGAGAAGUAUACAGAUGCUGCUGCUUUCAUGCUCAGAUUUGGGUUAUCCGCUGAUAAGUGCAAUGCUACACAUAGCCAGUGCAAGGCAUAUCUUGGUGCGAUUAUUAUUUACCUUUAUGUCCAUGACAUCAAGCAAGCAGAGCAAUGCUACAAUGACUGCUCCCAGGUUGAUGCAUUUUUGAGAAGCGACCAGUGCCGUUUUGCUGGUAAACUUCUGUCAGCUUACACAGGCGGUGACGUGGAAGAAAUAAAAAAACUUGCUCAGUCAAGCACGGUUAAUCAUCUUGAUCACAUGAUCAUCAGGCUCGCCAGGAAACUGCCGAUGGGUGAUGUGAGUGCGCUGAAGACCCAUGCUUCCGAGGAGCAAGAACCGCUGGAUGAAGAUGACCUUACAUAGCCUUACGCUGAUUGUCAUAUAUUUUAUGAUGUCUUGAUCUUGUUACAUUAAUAGAACAUGAAAACUUUUGAGCCUGUUUCAAAACAAGUAAAAAACCACAAUUGUAAGUAUUUGGGCCGUUUCAUAUUUUAGUCAUUUGGGUAAUGACACAAACCGCAGACGUUGGGCAUUGGAUGAUGUAUCACUGGAUUUCAAGUUGUUUUUUUACAAUUAUUAUUAUUAUUAUUUUUCUGUUGACAA